UGUCACUCAGGCAGCCUGGCCUCAUGGACUUGCUUUGUGUCUCCUCCUUGUUCCCUGUCCCGGACCCGGGAGCUGGGGCUCCUCCGGCCUUCGGCCCUCCCUCCGACCCAACGAGUCCCGCGGCCGCUCCUGGCGAGCCGAGCUGCCCCCAGGGAUCGGGGGUGUGCGCUGAGCGGAGCCGGCUGCCAGGCCCUGCCUCGGGGGUCUUUUUCUGCCUUCUGAGCUCUCUGCCCUUCUCCAGGGUGGGAAUGGCCCCUGUAUUCCUGACAGCGCCAGGCUGCAAAGUCCAAAAGGAAUUGGUGACAUUCAAGGAUGUGGCUGUGGACUUUACCCAGGAAGAGUGGGGAGACCUGGACCCUUCUCAGAAGGAGUUGUACCGGAAUGUGAUGCUGGAGAACUAUAGAAACCUUGUCUUUCUGGGACUUGCAGUUCAGAAACCAGAUGUGAUCUCCCACUUGGAAGAAGGGGAAGCACCUCAGAUCCAGGACAAAGAAGUAGCAAGGGCCCUCUGUCUAGAUGGGAAAACUAGACCUGGAACUGAGGCAACUCAGGAAGGACUCAGAAGGAAUAGUUUCCAUAUCUCUAAAGUGGAAAAAACCUGGGAAUAUUAUGUGAAAUUGAAGGGACUACAGAGGAACCAGGAAGAGAAACUUUCUAGCUUUACUCAACAUCAGAGCUUAUAUAUUGGAGAGAGUCCUUAUGAAUAUGGAAAGGUCUUCUGCUGGUGCUCACAAUUUACCCAACAUCAGAGAUUACAUGCUGGAGAGAAACCUUAUAAAUGUCAUGUAUGUGAAGCAAAAUUCCCCUAUAACAAAUACCUUAAUGGCAGUCAGAAAAUUCACACUCUAGAGAAGCCAUAUGAACAUAAAGAUUAUGUGAAGGCGUUUGACCAGAGGUUACAGUUAUCUCCAUAUCAGAAACUCAAUACUGGAAAGAAACCUUAUGAAUGUAAUGAUUGUGGGAAGGCCUUCUGCCAGAGUUCACAGUUAACUGGACAUCAGAGAAUUCAUACUGGAGAGAAGCCUUACAAAUGUAACUAUUGUGGAAAAGCCUUCCGUUGGAGUUCACAGUUAAGUGGACAUCAAAGAAUUCAUACAGGGGAGAAACCUUAUGAAUGUAAAGAUUGUGGGAAGGCCUUCCGCCGGAGUUCACAGUUAACUCGACAUCAGAGAAUUCAUAUUGGAGAGAAGGCUUACAAGUGUAAUGAUUGUGAGAAGGCCUUUCACCAGAAUUCACAGUUAACUCUACAUCAGAGAAUUCAUACUGGAGAGAAACCUUACAAAUGUAAGGAUUGUGAAAAGGCUUUCCAUCAGAGUUCAGAGUUAACUCUACAUCAGAGAAUUCAUACUGGAGAGAAGCCUUACAAAUGUAAUAAUUGUGGGAAGGCCUAUAACCGGAGUUCAGAGUUAACUCGACAUCAGAGAAUUCAUACUGGAGAAAAGCCUUACAAGUGUAAUGAUUGUGAGAAAGCCUUCCAUAUCAAAGUACACCUUACUAGACAUCAGAGACUUCAUACUGGGGAGAAGCCUUAUAAAUGUCAUGAAUGUGGAAAGUUCUUUCGCUGGAGCUCACAAUGGACUGUACAUCAAAAAAUUCAUACUGGCGAUGCCCCUUACAAAUGUAAUGAUUGUGGCAAGGUCUUUUGCUGGAGUUCCCAGUUCACUGAACACCAAAGAAUCCAUACUGGAGAAAAACCCUAUAAAUGUAAUGAUUGUGGAAAGGCCUUUGGCUGGUCCUCACAAUUUACUCGACACCUGAGAAUUCAUACAAGAGAAAAAAACCUAUAAAGAUUAGUAGAUGUACCUUCCCUGAGAGCAUAUCCUUUAUUCAAUAUCAGAUAUUCAGUAUCAAUAUAGGCCUUCCCACAAUUAUUACAUUUAUAAGAAUCAUACUUGAGAGAAGUUUUGUAAAUGUAAUGAAGAUAGAAAGAACUUCCACUAGAGCUCAUAGUUUAUUCAGCAUCAGAGACUACACAGUGGAGUGAUGCUUACAUGAAGCAAAUUAAGUAAUUGAAAUGAUUAUUGCAAAGCUUAUUCCUGAAGUAUAUACUUUAGCACAUAUCAGAGACUUUUCAUCUCAUGAAUGUAAUUAAUGAUUAUGAGAAGGCUUUGCAUGAUAAAAGCAAGACCCUUUUUCAACACUGAAGCACUCAUGCUGGAAAAAAAUCCUCAUGAAGAUAGAACUUUCUGAAUGUAAUUAAUGUGAAAAGGCUUUCAGUCAGUGUACUUAAUUGAGCUGUCUUUACAAAAUGAGGGAUUCUAAGAGGUAGAGGUUUUAAAGAAGAACGCUUUCCAGAUACGGGGGUCAUGUGUGAGGAAAAGCAAAUAGGCCAUUGUGAUAGGAUCAAUAUCUACCAUGGUGUUUCCACUUCUUUGCUCUAUAAGUUAGGCUGAUUCUUUCUUUAAAGGAUUAUGAAGGUGUCCCCAAAAUUUAUUGAUUCAGGAGGCCAAGGCUCAACUACUUAGUUGUUGAAGUAGUUUCCUUCUGGACUUAAACUAUGUUAAAGUGGCUUCUUGUUCACCUUUUAAAAGCUUAAAAGCUCACCCAUGUUAAAUCUGGCUCUUCAGACUUCCCAGGCUGUUGGAGUCAUCACAGGUGACCACUGACCUGACUCUUCUACAUGGAGAUGAGGGAUGUCUUGCCUAUCCAAACCCAAC